AUGAAUGGCCUUUUCUCUUUGUGGCUCUACAGAAAAGCAGAGGAAUACCUGCGGCUCUCUCAAGUUAAGUGUGCACCCUUGCUGGCCCAGAUGAGCCCCACAGGCAGUGCUGUGAUCUGCCUGGACUUGGCUGCUACCUUCACAGGGAAUCCUGUGGACAAAAGUUAUUUUGUGAAACUCUCCGGCUUGAACAGAACCACUUACCAGCGCUACUUGAGAUCCUUUGAAAGCCUGCUUGCUCUGCAAUCCAACUUUGGCAUCAGAGAUGUGGCAGUUCAGUUCUCCUGCGUGGAGGCUGCAAAUCUGGCAUCAAAAAUCCUGCAGAGGUAUGAAUCCAGCCUGCCAGAAACUCAACAGAUGGCUCUUGAUUUGUCCAAACCCUUAUUCACUACUGUGGCAUUGUUUACUGCUUGCAGAUACUUGAAACUUAAAGUGGAUAAAACCAAGAUGGUGGCUGUAUCUGGGGUGAAGAAAACUGUAUUUGACCGUCUCCACACCCAGUUAGAGAAGAUUAGCCAGCAAAUCAACCGAGAAAGUGAUUCAUUGUCGAUGAAGCGUGCUGAACCUCAGAAAUCCUUACUUGAAGAUCUUGCAAAGGAAGAAGUUCUGGAAGCAGAGGUCCCUCGCAAGCGUCCAAAAAAUGAAAUUGAGCCUAAAGAAGACUAUGAAGAAUGGAAACAAAGAAUCUUAGAAAAUGCUGCAAAAUCACAAAAAAACAGUGUGUGAGUGGAGCAUAUCCAAAAAACAAACAUCUUGGAUUUUUUUAUACCGGCAGACUUUCAAGCCAACAGCACUACACAACAGGGAUUAAAGGAACCAGCCUGUCUUUCAUCCCACUCCUCAGGUUAUUCCUCUGGGUGAGUGCAAAAGACAGGCCUAACUUUUGGCUUAUGUCAGCCUUGAGAACUAGUCUGUUGGGGG